ACCACCAUCCAUAGAUUUGACCGAAGAAGAAGAGAGAAACGUUUGGCCCUCGAAUAGGAGUUUUGCUUUUUCAUUUUCUAUAUUCUUAUUCAUAUCGACAGUAUUUUUGCUCAUAGUGGCAUAUUUCGGAAAACAUGAAUGAGGAUAUUUUGACCACUCUGAAAAUACUGAUCAUCGGAGAAAGUGGAGUGGGCAAAUCCAGUCUUCUUUUGAGAUUUACAGAUGAUACAUUUGAUCCAGAAAUUGGUGCAACAAUUGGUGUAGAUUUCAAGGUGAAAACCCUGGCUGUGGAUGGAAACAAAGCAAAGCUAGCAAUCUGGGACACUGCAGGUCAGGAACGUUUUCGAACUUUAACACCCAGUUACUACAGAGGAGCUCAGGGUGUCAUUCUGGUGUAUGAUGUCACCAGGCGAGAGACGUUUGCUAAGCUGGACAACUGGUUGAGUGAGCUGGAUACAUACUGUACAAGAAAUGAUCUUGUCAAAAUGCUCGUUGCAAAUAAAAUCGAUAAAGACGACCGUGAGCUAGAGCGGGAAGAGGGUCUGAAGUUCGCUAGAAAGCAUUCCAUGCUUUUCAUAGAGGCCAGUGCUAAGACGAGAGAUGGUGUUCAGUGUGCAUUCGAGGAGCUGGUGGAGAAAAUCCUGCAGUCUCCAGGCUUGUGGGAGAGCGUGCACAAGACAAGAGGAGUUGCCCUGUCUGAACUCUCUGAAACCGGUCAAGGAGGCUGUGGAGCAUACUGCUCACUUCUCUAACACACAAACUGCUGUUUAACCAGUGCAGGUUAGAUUAGUUAACGCAUGCGUAUGCAGGAUGCAUAAACCUUUUUUGGCAUAUGUAUCUGCAAAAGAAACACUCAUAUCACAUGGUUAAAGCAUUAUCAUUUAACAGGUCCAGCGGUAUAAGGACAAACAUUUUUUUAGUGAUUAAAUUAAUUUAAAGAACUCUAUUAAAGGCACAGUCAUCAUUUUUAUUCAGGAGGGGGAUUAAAAAAAAACUUGAUUACUCUCUAUUAUCUCAGAUCAGUUUGCUUCUCAGUUUGUAUAUUUCUCAUAGUGUUUUACUUUGUUUUGUCUCGGUGCCUGUGUUUCUUAUUUAGGGAGAGGUAAACACUCAUCAGUUUAACUCGACCUUUCAAACUGCUGGAACGAGACCUCAGUAGAACACAGAUUCCCAUCGACAUGCCCUCGCUUGAUGUCUACAACGUGCGGAACUCAGUUUUUUCUUUAUCUGUCCAUCUUUAGAUCCCACUUUUCCCUGCUGUCAAUCACUCUCUUUCCUCUCUCUCGCUACAUGUAUCUGUCUUCAAUCUGUCUCUGAUUCUACACGUCCCUCUCUACGGAAUUAUAUAGAGUUACCAAGGAUUUUGGAUUUGUGUUUUAAUACUUUUAUUGACUUGGAACACCUACAUAAAAAUACGUUUUUGAAAAGUUUAUAAGUCGGGCAGAUUGGCACAACAAGUCUCUGCUGUGCAUAUAAAUAAACGAGGGUAAAAAAAAUUACUUAAAUAGCAUAGAAUAGAUCAAUGAGAAAAGGUUAAUUUCUUUCUUUUGGAUAUAGGAACUUUUUUUGCCUGGAGAUUCAUAGACACUUAAUGUCUUGACAAUGUCUGUCAUUUUUUUGAAAGGAAAAAAAUGCUUAAAAAUCCUUCGAGUGAGUCAUUCGGGUGUGACGAUAGAUGGCUGGUUUUCUCACACAGAGAAAUGGAACAAAAGAACAAAUUUAGAAAUAAUAAAUGUUCGCCAAAAAAAAUGCCAAAUGAAUAUUUCCAUUCUCCCGGUUGAAUCUGCACUCUCCGAUCUGGACUAUUUAGUCUGUUAUGUUUGUUUUAGAGAAACAUCCAGGGGGUCCCAGAUGUCUGGUCCUCUGUUCGUAGCUUGAAAACUGGGUGGUAAAGUCCUGCUGAGAGCCAACCUCGGUCACAGCAGUUUCAGAAAGUGUGUGGCACAUGUGGAAGGAAACGCUGGGUUUUGUAUAUACGCCCACAGAGUAUUUUCAUUUUUGCGCAUUUACAGUAUGCAUUCCUUUUCACUUGUUUUGAAAUUGCAAAUUAUUAGGCAAUUAUAAAUGUAUUGUAUAUUUUCCAGGUGCAUGCAGUGAUGUCUUCUGUGCUUUUUAUGGCAGUUAUAUGUAAUGGUUUAUGUUCCAAUCAAUGCAUAUCAAAAUCAUCCUAUAUUUCCAUUGAUCUGAGGACUUUGACUAAUGUAGGUUUGGAUUCUUACUAAAUCAAAUUUCUCUGUUUGUAUGCAAGUUAUUGCUAUUCAACACUAAAUCCAAUGAAUACACAAGAACGCAUUUACGUAAUAUUGCAUACUGUUAUUGCAUAUUCAUUGCUGUAUGUAAAUAUUUGCUGAUAAUGGUCAUAAAUACAUUGUAAUGUUGAUGUUUGACACUAUAAUGCUGUACUUGAAAUGACAA